GCGAUGAGGGCGUCCAGCCCGCCCGCCCGCGGCCUACAAGCCAAGCCGAGCCAGGGGGCAUUGAUGGAGGAUGGACAAUGAGGAGGGAAGGGAAGGGGAAUGGGUGCUGAUGCUGUGGGAUGCGGGGUGGAGGUGCUCAUACCUUGUGUGGGGACUGUGUGGGUCCCACUGCACCUUCCUCACAGUGAGUGAACCACCCCUGACUGCUUUCGUUUACCAUCAUGAGGCACCACCAGACCCGCGCACAGAAUCACUCCUCGGUCACCAUCCAGGUGAAGCCAGGUGUUUCGAAAUUGUCGCGUCAGAGCCGGGAUUUGGUGCCUCGGAAGCAGAGGUUGCACGAGAGGGGUGAAGGGGAAGGCAGCAAGAUGUCAAAACUCUCAAAAGAGCCUCCGUUUGUAAUAAAACACCAAGAGUUGGACGCCUUCCUUAAGCUGCUUGAUGAUGAGGUGAUUCAGGACUUCCUGUGGAUGGACAGUUGCUGUAGAAUUGCAGACAAGUAUUUGAUGGCCAUGGUCCUGACUUACUUCAAACGGGCAGUCCUUCACACAAGUGAAUACUCGAGGAUGAACUUCUUUGUGGCACUGUACCUGGCGAACGACAUGGAAGAGGAUGAGGAGCAGUACAAGUACGAAAUCUUCCCGUGGGCGCUCGGCGAGAACUGGCGGAAGCUGGUCCCGAAUUUCCUCAAACUCCGGCUCGACCUUUGGGCUCAGAUGAACUACAGGGCAGCCGUGAGCCGUCACUGCUGCGAGCAGGUGAUUGCCGCAAUCCCUUCUCACUACACCUGGCACCGGGAUCGCCCUGCCCACCACAGUGGUGCCACUCGGAGUUACCUGCAGAAAGAGAUGGUGCCUUCUCCACCGGGGCCCAACGGUACGCCCCCCUUCUGCACCCUCUGCACCCGCACCCGCUGCUUCCUGGGACUUGAUCUGGACUCCUCGUCCUCCCCAGAAAACCUGCCCUUGUUCGACAACGACUGGCCCCAAGAUCUCUUCAUCCUGUCUCCGGCCAUGUUGAUAGACCACGACAGAGAAGGUACGACUCCAGUAGGCGUUUGAAUGAGGGAGGAGUCUUAACGGAGACCUUGACGCCAAAGAGGCUUCAAGUUGAAAGCUGCCUCGACACAAACUUGGUGAUGUUCUCUAGUUGGGGAAUGACUGUUCUAGCUGACGGCAUUUGUGGACAACAAUGUAUACCAGUGUCUGUCCUUUCCUGACUAACGCUAGAUCACAGACCUAAUACUCACGGGUAAAUUUACUGACUACUUUCCUGUAGGUUUUUUUUUCCCCCUAGUUGAGUUUUGCCAGAAUUCAGGAUUGCUGGAGUCGGUGAGCAAGCUAGCUGUUGUCUUGUCGAGCAUUGCACUGGUUCCUCCAGUUUCAGUUGAGAUCUGGCGGGCAUUGUCUCUGGCUUGUGUCCACCUCACUGCACUCUCAAACCACCCACCUCUGCAGUGUAGUCUGUGUUUAUUGGUGACUGGGGCUUUGAGCUCUGUGCUUGCCUCCAGAGUUUUGGUCGCUGUUGGUGCUACCAUGUGGGGGCUGUAAUGUUUUGGGAAGGGACGUGGCCGUUACCAAGGUAGUGUGGUUGGUGACUGCGUUAGCAUCGAAGUGCGUUGCUCCUGCAUCAGGCAGCGAUCAGGAACACACCAGGUGGAAUUUGUCAAGCGGUUUAUUUAACAUGUCCACCUAAUGUUGGCUCCUAUUGACGGGUGCCUUAAAAUCUACCUUAAAAUCAACUCGGCAUUUUGUGACCCGACGCACUUUAUGGUUUUUUUCCCCCUCUUCCUCCCAAUCGCUGUGUUUAACAGACAGACGGGGAAGGGAGUUGUUGCUAUUGAAACUUGUUACACUCAAAUGUUAAGAGGCAUUUGUUUGCAAUUGUAUGUCUAUUUAUUGCAGUGGAAAUGAAAAUAUAUAAUGUAUAGAAUAAAGAUUGCAACAUGAAUGUGUGGGCGUCUUGUGA